AUGGGACUAUCUCGCCCCUACCUCCUCCUCUACAACGCCCUCUCCCUCACCCUCUGGGCAACAUGCACAAUCCGAGGCUUCUCGCAGCUCCUCUCCUCUACCACCACCAUCCCCCAAAUAUUCACCAACGUCUACCCCCUCCUCCUAACAACCCAAUCCCUCGCCCUACUGGAGAUCAUCCACAGUCUACUCCGUCUCGUGCGCGCGCCUGUCCUCACCACCGCUAUGCAGGUCGCUAGUCGCAUUCUGCUCGUUUGGGGGAUCAUGUAUCCGUUCCAGGGUGUCAUUGUGGGGGAGAAAAGUCAGGAGGGUGUUGUUGGGCUGGGUGAUUAUGCCUUCUUGGGGUGUUUGGGCGCGUGGGGCGUGACGGAGUGUAUUCGCUAUGGGUUCUUUGCGUUGCAGUUGUCCGGGGUUGGGGUGCCGGGGUGGUGGGCUUGGUUGAGGUAUAACACCUUCUAUGUGCUUUAUCCUCUUGGUAUCUCCAGUGAGUGUCUUAUGGUGUAUAAGGCGUUGGGGCCCGCCGGGGAGUUGGUGAGUCCGUUGUAUCGGUGGUUUUUGAUUGCGGUGUUGGGGAUUUAUGUUCCUGGAUCGUAUAUUUUGUAUACGCAUAUGAUUAAGCAGAGACGCAAGGCGAUGAGCAAGAAAUAG